CCGCCCCUCCACUCCGCCUCGGCUUGCUUCCCAUUCAGCCGCUCGCUGCCAGCCAGCGUUUGAAGCAGAUGGCCGGCUUGACCAUGACUUGGGGACGCCUCUUGCUGCUCUGCUCGGCCGUGUCCUGGGCUAGGGCAGCGGUGACUGCUCAGCCCUCGGACGAAAUCGACUUCCAGUACCAUCAAUACCAGCAGCUGCGCGACGUGCUGGUCGGAGUCUGGCUCCAGUGCCCCAGCAUCAGCCGCAUUUACACGGUGGGCAAGAGCGUCGAGGACCGGGACCUACUGGCCAUCGAGAUAACGGACCAGCCCGGGGUGCAUGAAGCUGGAGAGCCGGAAUUUAAAUACGUUGGCAACAUGCAUGGGAACGAGGCGGUGGGAAGAGAGCUGCUUGUCUUCUUGGCUCAGUAUCUGUGCAACGAGUACCAGAAAGGAAAUGAAACCAUUGUCAGACUGAUUCACAGCACGCGGAUUCACAUCAUGCCCUCCAUGAAUCCUGACGGGUUUGAGAAGGCAUAUUCACAGACGGAUGCGAAGGACUGGUAUGUGGGCCGCAGUAAUGCGCAAGGGAUAGACCUCAACAGAAAUUUCCCUGAUCUUGACCGGAUAGUUUACAUUUAUGAACAGGAAGGAGGACCCAACAACCAUCUUCUGAAAAAUAUGAAGCUUUCUGUGGACAGAAACACAAAGCUUGCUCCUGAGACAAAAGCUGUAAUUUACUGGAUCAUGGACAUUCCAUUUGUGCUGUCUGCAAAUCUUCACGGUGGUGAUGUUGUAGCAAAUUAUCCUUACGAUGAGACUCGAACAGGUUCUUCACGUGAAUAUAGUGCCAGCCCAGAUGAUAAGAUAUUUAAAAGCCUGGCUGAAGCCUAUGCUUCUUUGCAUCCAGUCAUGUCAAAUCCUCACAGAAAACCAUGUCACAAGAAUGAUGAUGACACCAGCUUCAUUGAUGGAACGACAAAUGGAGGAGCUUGGUACAGUGUUCCGGGGGGUAUGCAAGAUUUCAACUACUUGAGCAGUAAUUGCUUUGAGAUCACAUUGGAACUAAGCUGCAUGAAGUUCCCCCCAGCAGAUACACUUUCACAGUACUGGGACGAGAAUAAAGACUCCCUGAUUAAUUACAUUCAGCAGAUCCACCGCGGCAUUAAAGGGUUUGUCCGUGAUUAUCAUCAGAACCCAAUUGCUAAUGCUACGAUAUCUGUUGAAGGCAUAAAUCAUGAUAUCACCUCUGCAAAAGAUGGUGAUUACUGGCGGCUCCUUGCUCCUGGAAACUAUAAAAUAACAGCUUCUGCUCCUGGCUAUCUGGCAAUAACUAAGAAAGUGGCAGUCCCUUAUAGCCCAGCUGUGGUGCUUGACUUUAGCCUUGAAUCAUUUUCUGAGCGAAAAGAAGAGGAGAAGGCAGAAAUAAUGCAAUGGUGGAAGAUGAUGUCUGAAACACUUAAUUUUUAAAGAGGAGGAUUCUACUUGUGCUUUCAUGGAAAAUGACAGCAAAUAGAUCCUUUUUAAAAAGUCAUUUAAUUAUUAUGUUUGAUGUUUUAAUAUUACUUGAGAUUAAUGUAGGAAGUGAUGCCUUGAGGUAAGGCAUUCUAUCUGAUCUUAUUCCAACCACUUCAGCUGCAAUACAUGUUUGUAUUUGCCAAUAAUUUCAACUGUUCACCUUACUGAAAGCUGGUUUCUGUUCCCCCAAGGCCUUUUUUUUAGAUACAUGUGAUUACUGCGACUGUGCAUGUUUGUGUCUCUGGAGUGAUUCAUUAAAAUAUCCCAUGAGGUGUGUCACAUCAGGCAAUGCUUGGAAUUUUCUGAAGUAGCCUGUGACAAAUUAAUUUUGUAAGAUGUUUGUGGAGUUAUGUAACUAUCUAUUGCGAGUAUUCAAAUUGAAAUGGAAAGUGUGUUUUAAAGGCAAAUGAAUGGAGGCUCUCACAUCAAAACUGCUGUUGAUUAGUUAUAAGAAUGUUAAUAUACUAUCAUGGUUAUAAUAUUGUCUGUACAUUGUAUGCUACAGUUUAAUCAAUCCUACAGUAACAGAUAUUUUAUAAUUCCUAAACUAUGAAAUUAAGCACUUAAUGGAAACAAUUUUUCAUGCUCAUGAUGCAUUCCUGUUCUGACCCUAAUCAUAUGUGAAGAUCUGAAACCCAAGUUAUUAAAUUAGUGGUAAACAGUUUAAAGGUUUAGAUUAUGUCUUGGGGGAAUGUAAAUGCAUUAAAUUUGUAUGUCAGCAGUCUAACUUAAUAGCCAUGCUUUCCAUUUGUUUGUUAGUUAAGACUAACAAAUUUAACAUAUGGUGGUAUAGUUCAUCCAUGUCUUCAUAAUCCUGUUGCAUCUGAAUGUUCAUAAUGCUACUCUCAUUUCUCCAUAGAAAGGUACUGUACACAGUUUCUGCACACUGAACAUUAUAUAGUUACCUCAGAAGUAUUAGUGGAUGACACCUACAUAUAUUCAUGGUCAUAAUGGACUCAAAUUAACUGACCUGUGAUUUGUUUUAUUUAUUGUGUUUGUGAUUAAAAUUUAAUUAUUGUCCAAUAAUCAAGGAUUUCUGUA